AUGCAGCAGGCGCUUGGCGUGGUGCAGGCGGAGAUAGACGCGCUGGCGCCCCUGCGGGGAGGCCACUCGGAGCUGCUGGAGCAGAUCAAGCUGUACGGGUCCAUGGAGGAAAGAGGCCACCGGCCGCCGGCUGGCGGAGUCGGACCAGAGGACCGCCGACCUGCAGCGGCGGCUCACGGAGUCGAAGGACCCUUCGAGGCCAUCGCGAGCCUCGCCUCCGAGCUCGAGUCGGCCGUGGACCUGGAGCCGGAGCUGCAGGAGCAGCUGCGAGGGGCCCUGGAGCGGGGGGCCGCAGGGCGCUGGCUAGCGAGCUGUCGGAGUCGCGGCAGCGCCGGGACAGCCUCGAGUCGCUGCUGA